AGAGAGCUGUGGCGGCGGCUGCGCCGGGGUGUGUGUCUCUCGUCGCCGGAGGAAGAUGAGGCUGAAGAUUGGGUUCAUCUUACGCAGUUUACUGGUGCUGGCAAGCUUCCUGGGGCUAGUGGUCCUGUGGUCUUCCCUCUCCCCGCGGCCGGACGACCCGAGCCCGCUGAGCAAGAUGAGGGAAGACAGAGAUGUCAAUAAUCCCAUGCCUAACCGAGGAGGCAAUGGAUUAGCUCCUGGGGAUGACAGAUUCAAACCUGUGGUACCAUGGCCUCAUGUUGAAGGAGUAGAAGUGGAUUUAGAGUCUAUUAGAAGAAAAAACAAGGCCAAAAAUGAACAUGAACACCAUGCUGGCGGAGAUUCCCAGAAAGACAUAAUCCAGAGGCAGUAUCUCACAUUUAAGCCUCAGACAUUCACCUACCAUGAUCCUGUGCUACGCCCAGGGAUCCUCGGUAACUUUGAACCCAAAGAACCUGAACCUCAUGGAAUGGUUGAUGGCCCUGGAGAGAAAGCCAAGCCAUUGGUUUUGGGACCAGAAUUCAAACCUGCUGUUCAAGCCAGCAUUAAAGAAUUUGGAUUUAACAUGGUGGCAAGUGACAUGAUCUCACUGGACCGCAGCGUCAAUGAAUUACGUCAAGAAGAAUGCAAAUAUUGGCAUUAUGAUGAAAACCUGCUGACUUCCAGUGUUGUCAUUGUCUUCCAUAAUGAAGGAUGGUCAACCCUCAUGAGAACAGUCCACAGUGUAAUUAAAAGGACUCCAAGGAAAUAUUUAGCAGAAAUUGUGUUAAUUGAUGAUUUCAGUAAUAAAGAACACUUAAAAGAAAAACUAGAUGACUACAUUAAGUUGUGGAAUGGCCUAGUGAAAGUCUUUCGAAAUGAGAGGAGAGAAGGUUUAAUUCAAGCACGAAGCAUUGGUGCUCAGAAAGCUAAACUUGGACAGGUUUUGAUAUACCUUGAUGCCCACUGUGAGGUGGCAGUUAACUGGUAUGCACCACUUGUAGCUCCCAUAUCUAAGGACAGAACCAUUUGCACUGUGCCGAUUAUAGAUGUCAUAAAUGGCAACACAUAUGAAAUUGUACCCCAAGGGGGUGGUGAUGAAGAUGGGUAUGCCCGAGGAGCAUGGGAUUGGAGUAUGCUCUGGAAACGGGUGCCUCUGAACGAGCGAGAGAAGAGAAUGAGAAUGACCAAAACUGAACCAUAUCGGUCCCCAGCUAUGGCUGGUGGAUUAUUUGCCAUUGAACGAGACUUCUUCUUUGAAUUGGGUCUCUAUGAUCCAGGUCUCCAGAUUUGGGGUGGCGAAAACUUUGAAAUCUCAUAUAAGAUAUGGCAGUGUGGUGGCAAGUUAUUGUUUGUCCCUUGUUCUCGUGUCGGACACAUCUACCGGCUUGAAGGUUGGCAAGGAAAUCCUCCACCCAUAUAUGUUGGGUCUUCUCCAACCCUAAAGAAUUAUGUUAGAGUUGUAGAGGUUUGGUGGGAUGAAUACAAAGACUACUUCUAUGCUAGUCGUCCAGAAUCAAAGGCAUUACCAUACGGGGAUAUAUCUGAGCUGAAAAAAUUCCGAGAAGAUCACAACUGUAAAAGUUUUAAAUGGUUCAUGGAAGAAAUAGCUUAUGAUAUCACUUCACACUACCCUUUACCACCUAAAAAUGUGGACUGGGGAGAGAUCAGAGGUUUUGAAACUGCUUACUGCAUUGAUAGUAUGGGGAAAACAAACGGAGGCUUUGUUGAACUAGGGCCCUGCCACAGGAUGGGAGGGAAUCAGCUUUUCCGAAUCAACGAAGCUAAUCAACUCAUGCAGUAUGACCAAUGUUUGACAAAGGGUCCUGAUGGAUCAAAAGUUAUGAUUACACACUGUAAUCUAAAUGAAUUUAAGGAAUGGCAGUACUUCAAGAACUUGCACAGAUUUACUCACAUUCCUUCAGGAAAGUGCUUAGAUCGUUCAGAAGUCCUACAUCAAGUGUUCAUCUCCAAAUGCGACACCAGUAAAACGACACAAAAGUGGGAAAUGAAUAACAUCCAUACUGUUUAGAAAGAAAAAA